AUGUCGCGAAGACCGACAGACGUAGCGUCCAAAGAGCGCAACGAAUAUAUCCCGUCCUUUAUCUCGAAAAAGCCGUUCUACGUCGAUGACGAAUCGUCUGCCAACGACUACCUCGAGCAUCAACGUCUACAGAAGUCCAAAGAGGGCCAGUCACAAUGGUACGAGAGAGGCAAGCGAGCAGGACCUGCGGCGACGAAAUACCGGAAAGGAGCCUGCGAGAACUGCGGAGCGAUGACCCACAAGACAAAAGAUUGCUUAAGCAGACCUCGAAAGCUCGGCGCCAAGUGGACUGGGAAAGAUAUCCAGGCCGAUGAAGUGAUUCAAAAGGUAGAAAUGGGCUGGGAUGCAAAACGGGAUCGUUGGAACGGCUACGAUGCUAGAGAAUAUAGGAACGUCGUACACGAAUAUGAAGAACUGGAGACACUUAAACGACGAGCUAAAGAUGCGUCAGAAGAUCGAAAGUCAGAUCCCGGUAAUGACGAGGAUGAGGAUGAUGUCGACGGUGUAGGUGAAGCUAAAUAUGCUGAGGAGUCGGAUAUGGGAAGGAAACAAAGCACAGCAACUCGGAAUCUACGAAUUCGAGAAGAUACAGCGAAAUACUUACUGAACUUGGAUCUUGACUCUGCCAAGUAUGACCCGAAGACACGCUCGAUGGUCGACAUGGGCGCACAGUUUGAUAAAGCCGCCGCGCUCGUCGCCGAAGAAAACUUUAUGCGGGCAUCGGGUGAUGCCGCUGAAUUUGAAAAGGCGCAACGAUACGCUUGGGAAACACAGGAGCGUGGCGAUGCAGAUAGACAACAUUUGCAGGCAAACCCAACGCAGGGGGAAUUCUAUAGGAAGAAGCAGAAGGAAGAAACGGAUGCCAAAAAAGCAGCACAAAAGAAAGCGUUACUGGAUAAGUAUGGCGGGGCAGAAUUCUUACAACCUGGAUUAUUGCACCAAGCUGCUGUUACUGAAAAUGAGCGAUUUGUGGAAUACGACGAAACUGGCGCCAUCAAAGGGGAGCCAAAAACGGCUGUGAAGUCGAAAUACAAGGAAGAUGUACUGAUCAACAAUCAUACCUCAGUCUGGGGCAGUUGGUGGUCUAAUUUCAAAUGGGGUUAUGCGUGCUGCCAUUCUAUUGUGAAAAAUAGCUACUGCACGGGAGAAGAAGGCAAGACUGCUUUCGCGGAAGCUGAGACGAUGCUUUUGAAAGAGCUUGAGAACGCUGCUACCGAAGCACCUGCUAUAGCGGCCACCGAUAGAAAAGACGACAAGUCUAUGACCACGACCUUAGGGAAGCGGACACUACAUGAGCUUCAGCAAGGUGUGACCGAGGAAGAGCUUGAAAGCUAUAAAAGAUCUCGACAUGUUGCUGACGACCCCAUGGCUGCAUAUCUCGGAAAGGAUAAACUGGUUACUUGA